GGAACCAUCCAUCACCAUCAGAAUGUCGGUGACGUAUUAUGACUACUAUGAUGGAAGCAAAAUAUUCCAAUUCAUCUCCAGUAGAAUUGGACUUCCUUUAGAUCUAGUUAAUUUUUUGAUCGCACAAAUAGCUGCACUAUGCCUGGCCAGGCUGUUUCGGAAACCAUUGAGAUUUGCUUCGCCAGAGUUUCGCCAUUCCGUGUGCCUUAUUAUAGGUUUGAUAAUGGGAUAUUUCUGCUUUGGAAAACAAUCAAUACAUUUAUCCGUUUUACCUAUGAUGAGUUAUACUUUAAUAAAAACUAUACCCCGACAUCUUACAGGAAACGUUAUAUUAGCGACAUCGAUGUUGUAUCUGUCAUGCCUACAUUUGCAUCGGCAAAUUUAUCACACUGCAGACUACUCUUUGGAUAUAACAGGCCCCCUGAUGGUUAUAACGCAGAGGGUAACUUCUUUGGCUUACACAUUACAAGAUAGUGCUGGUCAAAAAGAAAUCAACUGCAACUCUACGAGUCAAAGUUCAAAUGGUCCCUGUAAAGUGAGAGUUGAGGACAUUCCUUCGCCUCUGGAGUAUUUCGCAUAUACCUUAGCGUUCCAGACGUUGAUGUGUGGCCCUGUUGUUUUCUAUAGUGACUACAUAAAGUUUAUCGAAGGCGCAAGGUUUGACGAAGACAAACAAGCAAUUGAGCCUUCACCGAGACUGGCCGUAAUAUACAAGGUAGCUGGAUCUAUAACCGCUGCCGUUCUUUACCUAACGCUCGCUAAGAAAUAUUCGUUAUCGGUCUUGGAAGAACUUAACGAUCCCACGUCUGAGGUGUCGCGUUCCUGGUCAGCUUUGUACCUUCUUUGGUACGCCCACUUAUGCAUCCUGGUAGUCCGCUGUAAAUAUUACCACGCCUGGCUUCUAUCGGAAGCGAUAUGCAACAAUUGCGGAAUGGGUUUCAAUGGCUAUGACACUGACGGUAAACCCAAAUGGGAUAAGAUGACGAACAUUGAUGUUUUUGGAUUCGAGUUGGCACAAAACUUCCGCGCGGCGCUGUCGAGCUGGAACAAGAACACGAACGCGUGGUUACGGAACGUAGCGUACGAGCGUGGCGGCGCCGCGUGGCGUACGGCGCGCGUGUAUGCGCUGUCAGCGGUGUGGCACGGAUUUUACCCCGGAUACUACCUCACGUUCUUUGCAGGCGGUAUCUUUACCAUCGCCGCUAGGAAGGUGCGCUGUGUAGCCCGACCUAUAUUUUUGGAUAGCCGACCGAAAAAAAUGUUUUAUGAUUUUCUGACUUUGGUGACGACACGGGUGGCGAUGACGUAUGCCACAGUACCUUUUGUUUUAUUACACUUGGGACCAAGCCUAGCAUUUUAUGGGAAGAUGUAUUAUUCUUUGCACUUUAUCGCGUUAAGUGCAUUGCUUCUUCCAGACAAGCGGAAACAUUCUGCAAAUGCAGUUCAAAAUAGUUCCAAUCAUAAAGAAUCAAAUGGUGAAACCGCCCCGUUGAAGGUUUCCUAA